AAAGAACUUACACGGGUUGCUUUUUAACCACGCGGGUUGAACCCGUUUUAUAACGACGGACAAAGCCCCUAGGGGCGGGGUAUAUCAUGCUUUGCCGUUUGUAAUGAAAUGCAACAAAACCCACACUCCAGUGCAGCGAGAGAGAGAGAGAAGAAAAACCCAAUAGAAAUCAAAUCAGAGAUGGAGGAAGAAACCCUAAAUCCUGAACCAGAGACCUUGACUUUGCAAGAGAACAACAAUGGAGACCAACCCAUGCUGGAUGCCGCUGACCAAAAUCCUAACUCCUCCAGCUCCGAUUCUGAUUCCGACUCCGGCUCCGGCUCCGAUGACGAAGACCAAGCCCAGCAAAACCUGGAGAUUCAAACACUCGAAGCCGAGCUCGCAACCAACCCCUCCAACUACGAUGCCCAUGUCCAAUACAUUCAGAUUCUGAGGAAAAUGGCUGACAUUGAAAAGCUGAGGCGAGCGAGGGAAGCUAUGAGUAUGCUGUUGCCUUUAACCCCCUCUAUGUGGCAGGAUUGGGCUAAGGACGAACUUGCUAUGGGCUCCGGACCCGAGACGUUUUCUACAGUUGAAAAGCUUUAUGAGCAAGGAGUCUCUGAUUAUCUGUCCAUCUCUCUUUGGCGAGACUACUUAAAUUUUGUCCGAGAAAAUGAUCCGUCAGUAAAAGAAUCUUCACCUGCUGGUAUUUCGAAGGAAAGAGAUUUAUUUGAGCGUGCUCUUACUGCAGCUGGUUUGCAUGUAUCUGAAGGCAAUAAGAUAUGGGAAGCUUACAGGGAGUUUGAGCAAGCUAUAUGUGAUACUAUCGAUGGGACUGACACUCAGCAGGCAAGAGAGAAGCAAAUUCAGCGCAUUCGUGUUAUAUUCCAACGUCAGCUAUCAGUUCCCCAUGUUAAUAUGAGAUCAACACUUUUGGCUUACAAGGCAUGGGAGAUGGAACAAGGAACCAUUGUUGACACUGGCUUCAGUGAUCAGGAUGGUAUUUCAUCUCAUGUUGCCGCAGCAUACCAAAAGGCAUUGGAAAUUUAUAAUGCCCGUGUUCAUUUUGAAGAACAAAUCAGUCAGCAUGAUAUGCCUGAGAUAGAAAGACUGGAAAAGUUCAUGAACUACUUGAAAUUCGAGCAAUCUUCUGGAGAUCCUGCCCGUGUUCAAGUGUUGUAUGAACGGGCUAUUGCUGAGUUUCCUAUAGCCAGUCAGCUCUGGCUUGAUUAUACUUCCUAUUUGGACAAAACUUUGAAGGUUGGCAGAAUUAUAAGCAACGUUUAUUCUAGGGCUGUAAAGAAUUGCCCCUGGGUUGGAGAACUUUGGGUCAGAUAUUUGCUUUCCUUGGAGCGUGGCCAUGCUUCUGAGAAAGAGAUUGCAGCUGUGUUUUACAAGUCCCAGCAAUGCACCUUUUCAACCCUUGAUGAGUACGUGGAGUUGUUUCUCACCCGCAUAGAUGGCUUAAGACGAAGACUAUCAUGCCCCGUUGAAGGAGAGCACGCCUUGGAUUAUUCAUUGUUCAGGGAUACAUUUCAGUCUGCAUCGGAUUACCUAUCACCACAGAUGAAGAACACAGAUGUCCUGUUACGUUUGUAUGCUUAUUGGGCCCGCCUAGAGCUACAUCUGGGAAAAGAUUUAGUUGCUGCUCGGGGGGUUUGGGAAAGUUUACUGAAGAUCAGUGGUACGAUGAUGGAAGCCUGGCUAGGUUAUAUAGCAAUGGAAAUUGAAUCGGGCCAUGUGAAUGAAGCUCGGUCCAUAUAUAGGAGAUGCUACGGUAAAAAAUUUUCCGGCACUGGUUCAGAGGACAUUUGCUACUUGUGGUUGCGCUUUGAGAGGGAGUUUGGGUCGUUGGAUGAUUUCGACUAUGCAGAACGUAAGGUUGCUCCCCGUCUGCAAGAGCUUCAACUAUUAAGGUCCAAGCAAGAAUCCAAAUUGACUGAAGAGAGGGAGAAUUCUCUAAAAAAGAAUGUGCGUGAGAAGAGAAAGCAAGCUUCAGAUGUAAGUGAUGAACAACCUCCAGCAAAGAGGCAAAAGGAUGCAACUCAAAAGCAAAAGAAAGUGCAUGGGAAGGAUUAUGAGGUGCAGAACAAAGCUGAACAAAAUGAAGGGAAAGAGAUGAAAGCCAAGGGGGCCAAAGAUGUACAAAAUGAGAUGAAAGAGCCUGUUCUAGAGAAAACAAAAGUAUACGCUGACCAAUGCACUGCUUUUGUAUCAAACCUUAGCUUAAAGGCAAAUAAUGAACAUCUUCAUCAGUUCUUCAGUGAUGUUGGAGGAGUUGUUGCUAUUCGAAUACUGAAGGACAAGUUCACUGGAAAUUCAAGGGUCUCUCUCUCUCUCUCAGCUGGACUAGCAUAUGUGGACUUCUCAGAUGAUGCACACCUUGCUGCAGCCAUAGCAAAAAAUAAACAGACACUCCUAGACAGGAAGCUGAGCAUUGCACGAUCAAAUCCAAAGCGUGGCAAGAAAGAACAUGGGCACACUGAUCAAACUGGGGCAGCCAGUGGAUCUGGUGAGACCUCCAAUGAACCUAGAGCACGCCAAGGAAGCGACAGUGCGAUUAAGAGGAAGAACACAUUUGCGGUUCCGAGGAAUGUUGCUGCACUUGGUUGGAUCACGAAUAAGCCAAAAACUCAGGAUCCAGAUGAUGAAAAGCCAAAAUCUAAUGAUGAGUUCAGAAACAUGUUCCUGAAAGGUUAGAGAUAUGUUGUUGGGUUUAGGGGAUGUCUGUAAUCUGCAUCAGAAACAUAUCAAACCAACUUUUGCCAUGCAUAGGGAUAGUAUUGGGAUUAAGAGCUUUCAGUUUCUGGAUGUAUGGAAAAAUGAAUAGGAUCUGUUAUCAGCUACAGGAUGUAUAGGACAAAUCUGAUUUUGCUAAUGCACAAUACAUGAGAUCUUUGUGACUUGUUAAUU